CAAAAAUCGAAUUAGAACUGUCGGAUGGGUCGAAAAUAGCCGAAAUUGUAGAUCUUUCUUUGUUUUUCUCCCAUUCUUCAAAAUCUCUCUUCCGCGGUUCAGCCACACGCGAGAUUUCUCUGUGUAUCACCCGCCAAAAGGUUUUUCUCUCAGUUUCCUCACUCCAGAGGUUGAUUUCCAAGCGGAUUUUGGGUUUUAGGGGUUGGCUUUUCUUGAUUUUUUUUAAUUGUGCUAAUUGCUGGUGUAAAGGAGGGAAAGGGGGAUUUUUGGAGGUAUGGAUCUGGUUGGUGAUGAGGCUGUGGAAGAGAAUUUAAUGUCAGUUGUUGGGGAAAAGAGAGUGGUGGAUUGUGAUGAAACUGAGAAUUUGAAUGCGAGAAAGAAGAAGGCGAGAGUUGAUUAUGGUGGAGAUUUGAAGAGGGUUGCAGAAAUUGUGUUGGUCUUGUCUGCUAUGGGAAAAACGAGAGGUGGGAGAAAGCCUACUGAUGUGGAGAAAGGGUUGAUGGUUGAAGCGAAGGACAAGUUGGUUGAGAUUUGUCAAUUCAUGUCUCCUCAGGAUGUUAUACCUAAAGAUGCAAUCAGGGUUGUUAUGGAAGAUCUUGGGCUUAAUAAGUCUGCAGAUGAAAGGUUAGGGUUUUGCCCUCACAAAAUGUCCAUUUCUACGAAACUUGUGCUGGCAAAGAGGAAGAUGGGAGAGACCAAGAAAUUUGCUGCCCAAUCUAGAACAUAUACGUUACCAAUCUUGCAAGAAGGAUAUGGUACUAAGGCCGACGCCAAUCGUCCAUUUCGUACAGUUCACAAGCCUCCAGCACUUGGAGGCUUUCAAGCUGCUUCACCAGUUGUUCAUGUUCCAUCUCUAGCUUCACCAGUUGUUCAUGUUCCAUCUCUAGCUUCACCAGUUGUUCAUGUUCCAUCUCUAGCUUCACCAGUUGUUCAUGUUCCGUCUCUAGCUUCACCAGUAUCACUUAAUCAAUUGCAUGUCCAUAAACUGCAGUCUGCCUUAGUUUCGAUACGAUCAAUUGGCACUUCUUUUGGACCUGGUUCUUCUUCCUCGCAGUUGCCUCGGAAAGAAGGCGCAUCUUCCAGAUUAGAUGGAAGACUGAAUAGGACAAUUCAUCCGUUCCACGUUCAAGCAAAUGUCCCCGGGAUGAACGCAACAUUUUCUCCACAAUCUUCAGCUGUAACAAAAUUGUGUCAGGGAAACAGGGCUCCAGAUAAUACUCGUAGUGCCGAUGGUACUACUAAAUUAGGUAAAUAUAAGGUAGCAGUUCAAGUUACAAAAGAUCAAAACUCAAAACCUUCUUUACAACCUGUAAAUGGAAAAGUUAGUAUGCAUCAACCUUCUCACGUCACGAACUAUCAGUAUCCUUCUUCAGUCUUCUCCAACCACAGUGUCAUUGGCACAAAUGCUCAGAAGUUCUUGCAUCAUGUAGUUGUCCGAGAAACUAAACGGAGAAUAGCACAACGACAACGGCGUGAGAGAGAACGAGCAGAAAAAGCAACAGAAACAAAAAUAGUGAAGGUGAUUGAUGAAGAUAGACGGCUACUGGGACAACGGCAGCGGCGUGAGAGAGAACGAGCAGAAAAAGAGGAAAGGUUGGCGCACCGACAACGACAACAACAACGCGAGAGAGAACAAGCAGAAAAAGAAACAGGAAAGGUGAUCGAUGCAGAUAUAUGUACACUUCAGACACUGGUCUUUAAUAUUCCUCUAUAGUUCUUAUUGUUUAAUCGAAUUAAAAAAAAAUUGCAUUAUAUAGUCAUUAACCUUUUUUAUUUUUUUCUUAUAAAUGGGGUAAUAAAGAUAUUAUUCGAUUUU